GUACUGAAAUCAGCUUGUUCCCGAUACCGUGCCCUUUCUUCAAUAGAAUUCCGUUUUUUAACUGUGUGUAAAGCUGAUUUUACUUGCAUUGAACCACUUUUUACAUAGAUUCUAAGCUGCUGAACAUGAAAACGGAUACCAAACAUAAAUCUGGGAGCAGUUCUGGCUCUUACAAACCCACCCAAAACAAACGCACCACAGCCGCGAAUCGCGAGUCCAGGGGAAAGGGCAUCGAAAAUAAGGAAAGGUGGACGUAUAAGAACAUUUUGAGGCUAAUUGAAAACCUGCACAACUUUCCCAUCUUAUGGGAUCCGAAGCAUCCGGAUUAUAGGGUGAGGAGGAAGCGAGACCAGGCCUGUGUCGAGUUGGCGAACAUCUUCCUGGUUUCCGUUGGAGACAUUAAGAAGAAAAUUGAGAACCUACGAACAGUGUACAACAGAAAUCGCAACGCUAUCCAAUGCAAGAGUGUACUCGGUGAAACCCCAGCCACCAAAUGGUUCGCUUACGAUGCGAUGGACAACCUUCUGGGUUCAACGUACGAGCAAGCUGCUAGUCAAUCCAAAGGACCGGAACCGGAAUGGAUGGAUUGCAAUGCACAAAACGAGUACCUAGAGGAUGAUUCCCAAUCGGCAAUAACAUCUUCCUCACCACCACGGAAGCUCAAACCUAUCGAAGUGGAAGAGGAACGGAUGUCUCCUAUCAACAAUACAGUAAAAAGCUCCAAUGUCGUGAGCCACAAUUACGACACGGAGGAACUCGGAUGUGCCUUUUUGGCUACACUUUUGAGAACCUCCAAACGGUCCGAGCCGGACAAACUCAAAUUUAUGUUUCACAUGCAGAAAUGUUUUUAUGAGUUUGAAAAGGGCAGCUUAAAAAUGGAUUAAUCCCCCAUUCUUAUAGACAUAGCCGUUAGCUAAGAAAGUAAUAUUUUUAAGAUUUGGAGUAAUGCAAUAGAUAAGUUACGCAUUAUUAUUUCAUGUGAAUGGGUGAAUUGGUUGAUUGAUCGCAAUUUAAAGUACAAAAAACAAACUCUCCUUUGAACAUAGACACUCAAGAUCGACUGAUCAGAAAACUGAUCGUGGUGCGCUUUCAACCGAGCUGCUUGAUAAUGACUACCAAAAAAAUGAUUCGUUUUUUUUCGAAAAUUAAUUUGUUUUAAUUAUUAAAAUGUAUUCGUAGCAACUACUUAUAACUACAUAACUUAUAGCUUUCAGCAAAUAAAUACAACAUCAAUUUUACUGUCUA